AUGCUACGCCGUCCGCGGGAACCGACGCGCUCCGCAACCCUGGUCCAGUGGUGCGGACGAAUAGUAUGUGAGCUGGACUACACAAUCGUGGACGGACUCUCAGUACUGGAUGCUGGAAUGUACGAGCGUUCCUGGACCCUGGUACCCAAAGUCUGACCGCACACAGCCUUCAUCAGUACAACGUGGAUGUCUGCUGUCUGUCUGAGGUACGACUUCCUGACUCAGGUUCCCGUGAAAUAAAGAUCCUGGGAGUCGAAUCACACUUCACCCUGUACUGCAGCGGCCCCGCGAUUCCUCUGGUCGACAUGGUAUGGCGAUCGCCCUAUCACAACAAGCGGACCUCGCGCUACUUGCUUGGGAACCAGUCAAUGACCGGAUGGCCUACGUGCGACUGAAGGGUCACUUCACGAACAUCUCCAUCGUCGCUCUGUACGCACCAACUUCGGCUGCCGAGCAGCGCAAUAACGAGGCGUUUUACUCUCAGUUGCAAGCGCUAGUUGAAAGACUGCCUCGCCGCGAUCUGCUGAUUGUUGCUGGCAAUUGGAAUGAUCGAACUGGACCUCGCGACCCCACAACCGCUUUGGGCUUGGUUCCCGGUGUGAAAAUGGCGAGAGAUUGCUGA